GAAAGUGAUUCGCAGAGCAGUUUCUACUCGUCUCUAGAUCAUUCUGUAUAACACCAGGACACUGUAUAGGAUAAAUAAAAAAAUUUUAAUCUAGUCCAUUUUACGUUGGGAUUUACGUGCGAAAGGAGGCAUCAUGUUUCGUUUUGCUCUACUCGCAGCAUGCGCAACGGUCAUCUUUGCCGAACCUCCGCCAAGUUACUCGAGCGGAGGAUACACAAGUGGAGGACUUGUAGACGGAGGAGGUGGAGGUUAUGACUACAGCAGCGGUUCUGCCGGAGGUGGUUACGACUUUGGCGGAGGAGGCGGACAUGGAUCUGACGCAGAUUUCGCAAGUUAUACCUCCGCAGGGGGUCUCGGAGGAGGCAGUAGCCACGAUAGCUUUGGAGGUGGCUACUCCUCCGGCGGUUAUUCCUCCGGAGAUCACGGAGGAGGCUCAGGAUCUUUGGGCGGCAUCGGAGGAUCAUAUUCCUCCGGAGGUCACGGAGGAGGUUCAGGCAGUUUUCACAGCAUCGGGAACUCGUACUCCUCCGGAGUCGGAGGUGGUGGUCACGGGGUGUCGAGUCUGGGCGGCUACUCCUCAGGAGACGGCGGACACUCCGGAUCGAGUUUCGGCGGAUACUCCGGAGGAGAUAGCGGCUCAAGUUUCAGCGGCUACUCAAGCGGUUCGGCGCCUAGUCACGGAGGAUUCAGCGGAAUUAGCAAGGGUCACGGUGCAUCCAGCUUUGUCGGAGGAGGCUACUCCGUUGGCGGACACUCUUCAAGCCCCAGUAGCUUCUCCUCCGGAGGAUACAAGAGCGGACCGAGUCUAGGAGGAGGCCACGGAGGCAGCAGUUACAGUCUAGGUGGCGGCGGUGGAUACCCGGCAAGCUAUUCGUCUGGUCCCAGCGUGAGUUACUCCUCCGGAGGACACGGAGGUGGAUAUUCCUCUGGCGGUCCAGGAAGUCGAGGAUAUUCGUCGGGCGGGCAUGGAGGCGGUGGAUAUUCCUCCGGCGGAAGCGGGAAGAUUAUUUUCGUAAAAUCGGGCGGAGGUGGCGGAGGAGGUGGAUACUCAAGCGGUCCGAGUCAUUUGAGCGGUUCCAGCUAUUCCAGCGGCCCGAGCUACUCAAGCGGAAUAUUUGGGGGAGGCGGCUACAAAGGAAAGAUUAGCAGUAGUUAUUCCAGUCCAAGCUUCGGCAGCAGCCACGGAGGCUUCUCUGGAAGCUCCAGCCUUGGAGGUGGAUACUCGAUUGGAGGACCUGCCGGAUAUUCCAGUGGUUAUUCAUCAGGCGGCGGACAUGGCAGUUCGUUCUCAGGAUAUGCUUAACGAUUAUUAUCGAUUGUAAAGCGUGUUUAAGUUUAAUCCAGGCUAGAGACAAUGUUAUCGUUAUACUAUUGUAAAUAUUUAUUUUCAUUACCGUGUCUGUCUAUAUAAUAGGUAUAAGUGCACACGUUUUUCUACCUGCUUUGUUUAUAAUAAAAUACACUGUGAAAAUGAA